AUGGCUAAUGACUUUUCAAUAAAUAAUGGGAAUGUUCCAAUACUAAUUCAAAAUGUUUCUAAAUUUGAAGAGUUACCAGUAGGUCAUCUUUUAUUUACAUCUGAAUCAGUUUGUAGUGGCCAUCCUGAUAAACUUUGUGAUCAAAUAUCAGAUGCAAUUCUAGAUGCUUGUUUAGAACAGGAUCCUCAUAGCUAUGUUGCAUGUGAAACAUGUACUAAAACAGGUUUUGUCAUGGUAUUUGGUGAAAUUACUACAAGAGCUGUAGUAAAUUUUGAAGAAGUUGUACGAAAUACUGUAAAACAAAUUGGUUAUGAUUCAGAUGAAAAGGGUUUGAACUACAAAACUAUGAAGGUCAUCAUCAAUUUGGACCAGCAGAGUUAUGAAAUUGCUGAAUGUGUUUAUAUUCAUAAAAGAGCUGAAGAUAUAGGAGCUGGUGAUCAGGGGAUGAUGUUUGGUUAUGCCACUGAUGAGACACCACAAUUAAUGCCAAUGACUCAUGUUUUAGCAACUUCUAUUACAAGAAAAUUAGAUGAAAUUAGAGUAAGUAAUACUCCAGUUUCAGUAAAGUGGCUACGUCCUGAUGGAAAAGCUCAAGUUACUGUUCAAUAUCAAAAAAAAGAUGGGGCAUUGAUCCCUAGGAGAAUUCAUACAAUUCUUAUCUCUAUACAACAUAGCGAAUAUGCUAAUAAUGAUGAAAUUUAUCAAUUUGUUUAUGAAUAUGUAAUUAAAGUUGUAUGCCCACCUGAAUUACUGGAUUCUAAGACAAGAAUUUUUAUUAACCCAUCAGGUAAAUUUACAAUUGGAGGUCCUGCUGCAGAUGCUGGGUUGACAGGACGUAAAAUUAUAGUGGAUACAUAUGGGGGUUGGGGAGCCCAUGGUGGUGGUGCAUUUAGUGGUAAAGAUUCUACAAAAGUUGAUAGGUCUGGGGCUUAUAUGGCUAGACUAGUAGCUAAAUCAUUAGUUGCAUCGAAUUUAUGUAGAAGAUGCUUGGUACAGCUUUCUUAUGGGAUUGGAAUAGCUGAACUUCUAUCUCUAAAUAUAGAAACUUAUGGAACAAUUUGUAAAGGAUAUACAGAACAAGACUUAUUAAAAAUUGUUAUGCAUAAUUUUGAUUUUCGUCCAGGUGCAUUGUUGAAAAAUCUUAAACUGAAUGUCCCUCAAUUUCAGAAGACAGCUAGUGGUGGGCACUUUGGUCGCACUGAUUGCAAUUUUGUUUGGGAAGAACCUGUUACACUAACAUUGCAAAAUAUAAAAAUAAAUACCUAA